AUGGAAAAGAAAGUAUAUUGUUUAAUUGGUGAAAGGUGUAAAUGUAUUAAAUAUACAGUGAACGAACAAGUGUCUGAUGUAAAUAUGAUUCGGCGUUGUUUGGAUGAAGCGCGCAGAAAUGAUCAUAUAUUGGACAUGAUGCUGUUCAAUAAAUAUAUAGUUUUACAGAAAAGGGAUAUUGAUCGAAAUAAUCAGUUUUGUGAUAUAGAAGAAGAUGAUAUUAUCGAAAAUAAGAGUGAUGUUCGAGUGGUAUUAAUUACAAUCGACGAAUCUACGCUUACAAACUUCAUUCCUUCAAAUUCAUCGACUUCUAUUGAAAUUUAUGAAGGCAGUGAAGAAAAAGAGACUGAAUUCAAAUCAGAUGUGAUUUUUGUAAAUGACACAACUGAUGUACCACCUGUUCAGGAGGAUUCUACACCGGUUGAAGCUAAUGAGGAUUUGAACAAAUCCGAGGUUAUUUUUAUAGAUAACACAUCUGACAUAACACCUGUUCAAAAGGACAUAAACCCCCCGAGUCCUGAUACUGAACCUGUGCUCCGUAGAAAAAAAUCAUCCAUCAAAAAAAAAUCUUUUCAUUCACUAGUAUCAUUACCUCCACUGACAUUAGAUUUGUACCAAAAAAUAAAAGAAGAGGGAAUAACACGCAAAAAUAGAAAAUACUUUAUUGCACACUGGGGUUCCUACUUAUGGAACGUCACAAACAAAAACCCUAAACCAAUCGAUUAUUAUAAGUUGAGUGAAAAAAUUAUUGAAAAUUACCCGAGUUUUGACAUCGGUGAAGAAAGUUAUAAUUCAUUACGGAAUUUAUUGAGUAGUUGGAUUCGGAAUCGUCGAAGAAAUAUAAAAAAAGCUAUUAUAAAUGAAAAAGAGAGACGAAGACGGAUGCAAUACCUCAUUUCUAAUGAAGACUACGAAACCAGUAUCCAAGUCGAAUUAAAAGAACUGUGAAAAAUACAUAUAAGCAGGGAAUGCAUCACAGAAAAAUAUACUGAAAAUGACUGAAUGAUCACUGACUUUUCAAAUAAAAUUGAGACUCAUCGGAUAAUCAAUAUAAUAAAUGAAUUUAAUUCCUAUACUUGGAGAUAGAGGAAGGGUCUUGCUCAAGUUUUUCACUUCAAAAGAUUUGAAUGAAAAUUAUAUUAAAUACAAUUUAAAAGCAAGAAAAUGAAGGCAAAAUACAAC